GGCGGAGCGAGUCGGGCGGCGGGGCGGCCGCGCAGUGUCCGGGAUCCAGGCCUGGCAGGGGUUGUGUGCGCGGCCCGCCGGCUCUGCCCGCACCCGUGUCGGCUCCCGAGCGGGGCCUCGCUAGGGCCCCUCCAUGUGACGGUGCCCCGCGGAGCCUGAGCGAGCAGCGGGUCCGUGCGGAGCCGGAGGCGGGAGGAACAUGACAUCGCGGAGAUGGUUUCACCCCAACAUCACUGGUGUGGAGGCAGAGAAUCUCCUGCUGACCAGAGGAGUCGAUGGCAGUUUUUUAGCAAGGCCCAGUAAGAGUAACCCUGGAGACUUCACUCUGUCUGUUCGAAGAAAUGGAGCUGUUACCCACAUCAAGAUUCAGAACACUGGGGAUUACUAUGAUCUCUAUGGCGGGGAGAAGUUUGCCACCUUGGCUGAACUGGUCCAGUAUUACAUGGAACAUCACGGGCAGCUGAAAGAGAAGAACGGAGAUGUCAUCGAGCUCAAGUACCCCCUGAACUGUGCAGACCCUACCUCUGAAAGGUGGUUCCACGGUCACUUGUCUGGAAAAGAAGCAGAGAAGCUGCUGACGGAGAAGGGGAAGCAUGGCAGCUUCCUCGUCCGAGAGAGCCAGAGCCACCCCGGAGACUUCGUUCUCUCCGUGCGCACCGGGGAUGACAAAGGGGAGAACAACGACGGCAAGUCCAAAGUGACCCAUGUCAUGAUCCGCUGUCAGGAGCUGAAAUACGAUGUUGGUGGAGGAGAGCGCUUUGACUCUUUGACGGACCUGGUAGAGCAUUACAAGAAGAACCCCAUGGUGGAGACGCUGGGCACAGUCCUGCAGCUCAAGCAGCCCCUCAACACAACUCGUAUUAAUGCUGCUGAAAUCGAAAGCCGGGUUCGAGAGUUAAGCAAGCUGGCUGAGACCACAGAUAAAGUCAAGCAGGGCUUUUGGGAAGAGUUUGAGACGCUACAGCAACAGGAGUGCAAACUUCUCUACAGCCGAAAAGAAGGGCAGAGACAAGAAAACAAAAACAAAAACAGAUACAAAAACAUCCUGCCCUUUGAUCACACCAGGGUCGUCCUGCAUGAUGGGGAUCCCAACGAGCCAGUUUCUGAUUACAUCAAUGCAAACGUCAUCAUGCCUGAGUUUGAAACCAAGUGCAACAAUUCAAAACCCAAGAAGAGUUACAUUGCCACUCAAGGCUGCCUGCAGAACACGGUGAAUGACUUCUGGCGGAUGGUGUUCCAGGAGAACUCUCGAGUCAUUGUCAUGACCACAAAGGAAGUGGAGAGAGGGAAGAGCAAGUGUGUCAAGUACUGGCCUGAUGAGUAUGCGCUCAAAGAAUACGGGGUCAUGCGUGUUAGGAAUGUCAAAGAAAGUGCCGCUCAUGACUAUACCUUACGAGAGCUCAAACUCUCUAAGGUCGGACAAGGAAACACAGAGAGAACCGUCUGGCAGUACCACUUUCGGACCUGGCCAGACCAUGGCGUGCCUAGUGACCCUGGAGGUGUGCUGGACUUCCUGGAGGAAGUCCACCACAAGCAGGAGAGCAUCAUGGAUGCAGGCCCUGUCGUGGUUCACUGCAGUGCUGGGAUUGGCCGGACAGGAACGUUCAUUGUGAUUGAUAUCCUUAUUGACAUCAUCCGAGAGAAAGGUGUGGAUUGUGAUAUCGACGUUCCUAAAACCAUUCAGAUGGUGCGGUCCCAGAGGUCAGGGAUGGUCCAGACAGAAGCACAGUACCGCUUCAUCUACAUGGCCGUCCAGCAUUACAUCGAGACGCUGCAGCGCAGGAUCGAGGAGGAGCAGAAAAGCAAAAGGAAAGGACAUGAAUAUACCAAUAUUAAGUAUUCCCUGGUGGACCAGACAAGUGGCGAUCAGAGUCCCCUGCCACCUUGCACCCCAACGCCACCCUGUACGGAAAUGAGGGAGGACAGCGCUCGAGUCUAUGAGAACGUGGGCCUCAUGCAGCAGCAGAGGAGUUUCAGAUGAGCCCCACGGGUGGCAGCACACAGAUGCGAACUUUCACCCCUUCCCUAAAGUGUCAAGAAUAGACGAAAGUUUCCAGGACCCGUGAGUUCAGAAGCUCGCCAGGCUGACUGCCUGCCUUUUGAGAAGCGAAGUUUGGAACCAUUUGAACAGCACGUGCCUAAUUGGCACCUCCUUUCCUCAGCUAAGGAGAAACCGCUCUGCGUUCUCGACAAUGCUGUUUUCAUAGAAUUGGUUUUGAAUUGUGGAAGCAGCUAAAUUGUGCUCUGUUUUCUACAUUAUGGGACUCAAAUUCUAGUUAUGGGCAGGAUUUUGUUUGUUUCUUUUUAUGACCUUAAUAGACCUGAUUUUUUUUUUUCCCCCUUCCUCUCUCUUUGGGGAAUCAUGGGCCCCUUGUAAGAAGAAAGGAUUUAGGGAAAUUCAGGCACAGCCUCCCCCAAAAGCCAGCAGUCUGUUAACCAGUGUUCGUUCAUCUUGCUGCCCUGCACGGGGCUCCCAGUGCCCUGGCUGGUGGCUGCUUAGGGUCACUCAUCAUCACAGAGACUCACCGUUUAGUUCCAGGGACCGGGAGGCCGGGAUGUAGGGUUGCACCUGGUGAAGGCCUUCUGGCAGUGCCACACUGGAUGGGGGAGCACCAAGGCUCACUUUUCUGGCACGAGUCUACCACACCCUCAAGACCCAGCCUCUCCUUACCAUCUCACCUGUCGACACCAUGGCAUUGGGGUUCUUUGUGCUCCCUGCAGACGCAGUUUGGGGCACAUUCGACACAGACUGACCCAGUCAAGGACAGUUCACUUUUGGUGGCUUCUUUUCUUUAGUGAAACGAUCACUCAGCCAUUGUAUGAGAGGUCAGGAUAGAGAGUCAUGGCUGAAAGGUCCUGGAAAUUGGCCUGUGGAAAGUCUUUCCUCUGAAGAUGACUCCUUGGCUUCAGUGUGGACAGAGAAGCUAUUCUGGGAAGAGUGACCAUGCUGUCUCUGUACUGGAGUAGUAGAAGAUCCCUGAGGGAGCAGUAUUUGGUCCUCACUUGUUUCUGACCACCCCACCCCCAUUCUUCAGCACAGAAGUCUGAUCUGGGUUGCAUGAGCACCACUGUCCUGUGGGAGUCACUCGGGAAAUUGGCAACAUGGUGAAGACACUGGGCUUCUGUUUCAAUGAGGUGUUUUCCUGGUCUCUUCUCCUGGGUGUCUGUGCAGCCUCACCAGCAGGGUGGCUGGGCCCUUAUGUGUCCCCCAGGGUGAAAAGGCAGAAGUGGCCAGGCCUUCUUCAGAUUUGGGCCUGGAGUGACCAUGACUUCUUCUGUGGUUGCUGUGAGAGAAUCAGGCUUAGCCCAAGGUGCAAAGUGGGGGUCCCAUGCUCUGGGGCCACUAGUCUGUCAGACAGCCCCAGCCCGUGCCAUGGCUGCUUAUAGCUGGUGUAAACUGUGUGUGAGAUAAGAAAUGUACAGUAGGCCUUCUAGAAGCUUCUGAGCCAGUUUUUCUGGCACUACACCACACGUGUGCUGCAGCAUGCACCUGAAGACCUGGUGUGGUAGGGUUGGUGUUGAGUACAUGGGAGCUCAUUCCUGAAGCACUGCAGAUAGGGGAAGGCAAUGCUUCCCAGGCCUUGGCUGAGUGCGAAGAGCGGCGGUCCUGGCCAGGCCUCCUGUCAGUUCCAGUCAGCCACUUCUGCCCUAACCACAGCAGGAUUUGCUAAUGUUCUGCCGUAAGUGCCUUCUCCAGAGAUGUCCCUCUGCCCAGUGUUGAUCCUUGAGAGCACCUUUCAGCGAGAGCUUCCAGAUGCGAUGCUCGUGACCAAGCAAUGACACAGUCUCCACUUGAUUCUUCUUCCUUCAGUUCCUGAAAGGAUGGACUGGACCUGCCCUGCAGCUGCCCUUUCUGGGGCUUCCUGCUCCCUGGCAGCUUGAGGUAGUUGGGGAGCACAGGGUCCACCAUUUUCUUAAGAGCAUGUGCAUCGAUCCUGGCUCCUUCUACACUGAACUCAGUUGUUUCAGAGCACAGCGCGGCCUGGCGGGAAUGUGGGGGAGACUGCUGUCCUUGGCGAGCCUGAAAUGAAAUCAGAUCAGCGUUUACAGCCAGGAUCUCAGAUCCUACUCUUUAUAGCACACUGUCACAGUGAACUGUGUUGGGUUGGUGGUAAUGUCUAGACUCUGGACUUGGAGGAACGAGUUUCUCACCAGCACACAGAGGUUACCUGAGCAGCUGAUCUGUUGAGCUAACAUUUCUACCUGCAGCUUGAGAUCCUGGAGCAGAGAGACUGUCCUUGGCCCCCGUGUUCAGUACAGCAAGUGGUUUCCUUGGCAUUCCCUUCUAGAAGCCAGGCAGCUGUCAUUCCCAUAGGGAAAUGGGUCCCCAGGUCUCCGGGAUCUGUUAGUGUUAUGGAAGGUGGUUGCAGGGUCUCAGAAGAGGGCUCUCUGUGUGUUGGUGCGGUGCGGUGCAGUGCGGUGCGGUGUGGUGUCUGGGAAGAUGAGGCAUUGGAGGUGUGCAUUUGAGACAGGGGGAUGCAAGUUGCACAGGUGGGGCUCAUGAGCAGUCAGAGGCACAGGACCAGCACUGAGCAGGCUGCUGUGACACACUGAUUCCCUCACUGCCCAGCGUUUAAAUUGGAAGCAUAGGAUUUUCUAUUUGGGGAGGGUUGGGGUAGGGCAUUGUCUAGCACAUGGUAUUGGUUUCUAGAAAGCUACACUUGAGAGUCGUAAUGCUUGUCACAUGGGUGUGCAGCCUUCCUGAUGGCCCAGGUUGCCUCUGCCAUUGCAGUUGGUGCCUUUCUAAUGGAAAGCUGGGAUCAGGAAACGGUGCUGUCAGCACCUCUGAGCUGCUUGGCAUUGUUCCUAGGGAUUUUUCUGGGAGUUCAAGACAUAAGCCUUGUUUUCCUGAAACAGGACUGAGACAGGAGCGCUUGGGAGGGAAACCCAGGCAGAAGUGUGGUCUCUGCUCCUGAUGACUGUCAGGGCUCGUUUUUACAUUGUCCUAGUUUCAGAUGCCUGUCUUAGGCCUGUGCUAGCCCAACAUUGUUGACUCUCUUCCCCUUCUUGGAAAGAAGCUACCGGUAGAACUGACUGCAUCUCCCGUCACUAGCAGCUGCUGCUCUUGCCGGGUGUUCAAGACACAGGCGAAGCAGAGAGCAGUUCCUGCCGGUGCUGUGGGACCUAGCUGUGCAGCAGAGUAGUUCUCACAGCUUCUCCUAAACCUCAAUCAUGGGAUUAAUAGUAUACCUGUUUAUUUAUGACCUAAUUGUGACACUUAUUAAUAAAAGCUAGUGGGAAAGGCCCAUCCAACAAGCUGAUGACUAGACUCAAACAUUUAACUUUCCCACAGCAUAUAAAACAUCAGGCAGAGAAUUAAAGAAAUAUAUUUUACUGAUAAACCUGUCCUUUAAAAGGAACGUGUUUUUUGGGUGUCAUCAUUUUGGUGUGAAUCCUGUAAGUGUUGGCUGUUUGCUGUUUGUUACACUUUAGUGUCAGGAGACGCACUCGGCUGGCUUCCUGCCCACACAUACCGUGUAGUCUGUGGACUUUUAAGCAACAUUAACAGAAUAGUUUGUGUAGAGAGACCUCAAGUUGUUGCCUCCCCAGCUGUGCCAUGAGUGUAUCUGCAUAUACUCCAGGUAUCAGCAGAGGCAGUGGAUUUGUGAGCUGUCUGGAACUAAAAAUUAGAAUAAAACCAUUUUCUUGUAUUAUA